AUGCUCUGGCUCCGGUGCUGCGGCCUCACCCAGCUCCUGUCGUUUCGCUCCGCCUCCACCAUCUCCCAGCUCAGGUGCCUCAUCUCCGCCACCGCGCCCGCGCCCGCCGUCUCCCCGAACCCUAGCUUCGCCGUGGAGGAGUAUCUCGUCUCCACUUGCGGCCUCACCCGACCGCAGGCCCUCAAGGCCUCCGCUAAGCUCUCCCACCUCAAGUCCCCUUCCAAGCCCGACGCCGUCCUCGCCUUCCUCGACGGCCUCGGCCUCUCCGGCGCCGAUGUCGCCGCCCUCGUCGCCAGGGACCCGCUGUUCCUCUGUGCCAAAGUGGAGAAAACCCUGGCACCCAAUGUCGCGGAGCUCACCGGCCUCGGUCUCUCGCCUUCUCAGAUCGCGCGCCUCGUCUCGCUCCCCAGUGUCACUUUCCGCUGCAGAUCCAUCGUCUCCACGCUGGAGUACUUCUUGCCCCUCUUCGGGUCCUCCGAGAACCUCCUUUGA